UCCUGUUGCUGUGAAGGACCGAAGACACAACUGACAGGAGGCCAGGGAUUAGUCAACUUUAAAGAGAUCAUCUCAAGAUGUUACCUCAACACCUGAAACAGAUCAGAGUCCUAAUGCUCAACAACCAGGAGAAUUUAGAGCGGACUCUGUUCAGACUUGAACAAGGGUUUGAGCUGCAGUUCCGCCUGGGUCCAAGUCUCCAGGGCCGGAGGGUUAUGGUGCACACCAACUAUCCACUUGAAGGACAGCAGUUUAUACGAAACAACUUCCGUGUUUUGGUGUGGAACUACCCAACAGGAAGGGAGGAUGACUCCGAUAAAUUCUGCUCCCUGGACCUCAAGAUAGCUGGGUCCUAUCAGUACUACUUUGGAUAUGGAGACACAGAGAGAUCAGGAGGUGGAUACUUUGUGGUUGAUCCUGUUCUUCGUGUUGGAGCAGACAACCACAUCCUGCCAUUAGACUGCAUCACCAUCCAGACCUACCUGUCCAAGUGUCUCGGACACUUAGAUGACUGGCCAGAUAGACUGGGAGUAGCCAAGGAGUCAGGAUACACCAUGAUCCACUUCACUCCUCUGCAGACUCUAGGAGAGUCCAGGUCCUGUUACUCUUUAGCUGACCAGCUGAGCUUCAACCCUGAGUUCAGUCCAGUGGGUCAGAGCUAUAGCUGGGCAGACGUGGGGGCGCUGGUGGAGAAGUUAAAGAAAGAAUGGAACAUGCUCUGUAUUACUGAUGUGGUGUAUAAUCAUACUGCUGCUAACAGUGUGUGGAUAAGAGAACAUCCAGAGUGUGGUUACAACCUGGUGAACUCUCCCCACCUGCGUCCAGCCUGGGUCUUAGACAGAGCUGUCUGGCAUUUAACCACCAGAGUAGCAGAGGGACGCUACAAGGACAAAGGACUUCCUGCUGAUAUUACCAAUGAGAGCCAUCUGAAUGCCAUCCGUAGUGUGUUGUGGCAAGAUGUGUAUCCUCAGAUCAAACUGUGGGAGUUCUUCCAGGUCAAAGUGGAGGAUGCUGUGGAGCAGUUCAGAAUCCUACUACGUAAUGGUACCAAGCCAGACCAUAGUAAGACUGGAGGGAAGAAAGGCCUAAAGAUCAUCCAGGACCCACAGUACCGUCGUUAUGGCAACACAGUGGACAUGGACUCUGCUCUGGAGACAUUUGUACCUCACAGCUCCUCCCCACAGCACAUUGAGGAGUGCUGUGGUUGGCUGAGACAGAAACUGAAUGAGCUGAAUGACGAGCAGCACCACAUCAUCCACCAGCACCAGGAGCAGGCUGCCAACUGCAUUGUGGGAAACGUAGUUUAUGAGCGUCUCGCCGACCAUGGCCCCAAACUGGGUCCUGUUAAUAGGAAGAACCCUCUGGUUACCAGGUAUUUCACCUACCCAUAUCAGGACAUGACUCUGGAGCAGGAGAUGCAGCUGCUGGACCAGCCAGACAAAACCUGUCAUUUCCUGGCUCACAAUGGAUGGGUGAUGGGUGACGAUCCACUGCGCAACUUUGCUGAGCCAGGCUCUAAUGUGUACCUGCGUCGGGAGCUGAUCUGCUGGGGUGACAGUGUCAAACUGCGCUAUGGCAGUGGCCCUGAGGACUGUCCAUAUCUGUGGGCCCACAUGCAGAAAUACACUGAAAUCACAGCCAAGUAUUUCCAUGGAGUCAGACUGGAUAACUGCCACUCUACACCAUUGCAUGUAGCUGAGUUCAUGCUGGAUGUGGCCAGAACAGUGUGUCCUAACCUCUAUGUGGUGGCUGAGCUUUUCACCGGCAGUGAGGAGUUGGAUAAUAUCUUCGUUACCAAGCUAGGGAUCACAUCACUGAUACGAGAGGCCAUGUCAGCAGGUGAUAGCCAUGAAGAAGGCCGACUAGUCUACAGAUAUGGAGGCGAGCCAGUAGGAGCCUUUGUUCAGCCCAGUCUCCGCCCACUUAUGCCCUCCAUCGCCCACGCCAUGUUCCUUGAUGUGACCCAUGACAACGAGUGUCCCAUACAGCUGCGUUCAGCGUUGGACUCUCUGCCCAGUUCUGCUAUUGUCUCGAUGGCUUGCUGUGCCACUGGCUCCACCAGGGGAUAUGAUGAAUUAGUACCACAUCAGAUCUCUGUGGUGAAGGAGGAACGUUUCUACCCAAAGUGGAACCCCUCUGCACCCCCCACCUCCACUGGUGAGGUUGGAUUUCAGACUGGGAUCAUAGCUGGGAAACGGGCACUCAACAAUCUGCACCAGGAGCUGGCUGCCCAGGGAUUCAUACAGGUGUAUGUAGACCAGGUUGAUGCAGACAUCGUUGCAGUUACCCGUCACUGUCCCAGCACCCACCAGUCUGUGGUAGCAGUGUGCAGGACAGCCUUCUGGAACCCCAAAACCCACCAGUACAACACCAACGUCCCACCCAUGUUCAUACCUGGGAAGAUAGAGGAGGUGGUGCUGGAGGCAAGGACAGUGGAAAGAUCUGCUGGGAAAUAUAAGAAGGAUGAUAACUACAUCAACGGCAUGCCAGAAUACACUGUGGAGAUAAAAGAGCAUAUAUCGUUAGAGGAGAGUACGGUGGUGAAGAAAGCUGGGGUGACAUCUAAAGGACGAUCUGAGUUUGUGCAGGAAAUUACCUUUCAGAAGUUGACACCUGGCAGCAUCAUAGCCUUCAGGGUUAGUUUGGACCCCAAGGCCCAGACGUUGGUGGGGGUGCUGAGGUAUUAUCUGUCCCAGUUCAGCCCAAAGUACAGGAGAGGCAGCGUAGCAGAUGAAAAUCCACCAGAAGCUCUGCAGAAGCCUCUGGCACAACUGAUGUCCAAGCUGACGCUGGCAGAUCUGAAUGUCCUGCUGUUUCGCUGUGACGCAGAAGAACAAGAAGAUGGUGGAGGCUGUUACAGUAUCCCAGGAUGGGAGACCUUCAAAUACGCUGGACUUCAAGGUCUGAUGUCAGUGUUUGCUGAUAUCCGUCCCAACAAUGACCUGGGCCAUCCUGUGUGCUCUAACCUCAGACAAGGAGACUGGCUGAUAGACUUUGUCUCUAACAGACUGAUACACAAAGAGGGACCACUGGCACAGGUGGGUGAGUGGUUGGGAGCCAUGUUUAACUACCUGAAACACAUCCCGCGCUACCUCGUUCCCUGUUACUUUGACGCCAUCCUGGUAUCAACCUACACCACAGCCCUGGAUGCAACUUACAAACUCAUGUCAAGUUUCGUCCAGAACGGCUCCAGCUUUGUUCGUCACCUGGCUCUGGGUUCAGUUCAGAUGUGUGGAGUUGGACGCUUCCCUGCCCUGCCUCCCCUCUCCAUGAAAUUAGAAGACGUUCCCUAUCGCAUCAGUCCAAUCACUGGCCAGAAGGAGCAGUGCUGUGUCUCAUUGGCUGCAGGUCUUCCUCAUUUCUCCUCUGGGAUUUUCCGUUGCUGGGGCAGAGACACUUUCAUCGCUCUCAGGGGGCUGAUGCUGCUCACCGGGAGACACACUGAGGCUCGUAACAUCAUCCUAGCCUUUGCGGGGACAUUGCGUCACGGCUUGAUCCCCAACCUGCUGGGUGAGGGCCGCUGCGCCAGAUACAACUGUCGGGAUGCUGUGUGGUGGUGGCUGCAGUGCAUCCAGGACUACGCUACCCACGUUCCCAAUGGACAUGAAAUCCUGCACUGCCCAGUUACGCGCAUGUACCCUACUGAUGACUGUGAACCCUGCAAACCUGGAGAGGUGGAGCAGCCUCUGUAUGAUAUAAUCCAGGAGGCUCUGCAGCGGCACCUGGAGGGAAUUUCCUUCAGAGAGAGAAAUGCUGGACCCAAGAUAGACAUGAAUAUGAGAGAUGAAGGGUUCAGCGUCGUUGCUAAGGCGGAUCCAGCCACAGGCUUUGUCAGUGGAGGGAACCGCUUUAACUGUGGCACAUGGAUGGAUAAAAUGGGAGAGAGUGAGAGAGCAAGGAACAAAGGCAUGCCUGCUACUCCCAGAGAUGGAGCAGCUGUGGAGAUAGUUGGUCUUAGUAAGUCAACUGUUCGCUGGGUUGUGGAGCUCCACGCCACAGGACUGUUCCCCUAUGAUGGAGCUAAAGUACACAGAGACGGUAAAGAGCUGUUUAUCUCGUACUCCCAGUGGAACCAGCAGCUGCAGCAGGCCUUUGAAGCAGGUUUCUGGGUGUCUGGGGAUCCAAAUGACCCCAAUGAGAAACACCCCGAUCUGGUGCAUAAGAAGGGCAUCUAUAAGGACAGCUAUGGGGCCUCCAGCCCCUGGUGUGACUAUCAGCUGAGACCCAACUUCACUAUCGCCAUGGUGGUGGCUCCAGAGCUGUUCACAGUGGAGAGAGCCUGGAAGGCACUGGAGGUGGCUGAGAAGAAACUACUGGGACCACUGGGAAUGAAGACACUCGACCCUGAUGACAUGGUAUACUGCGGUGUCUAUGAUAAUGCACUGGACAAUGACAACUACAACCUGGCCAAAGGUUUCAACUACCACCAAGGACCGGAGUGGCUGUGGCCAGUAGGCUACUUCCUGCGUGCUAAACUCUACUUUGCCAAGAAGCUGGGAGAGGAACCCUACGCCAGAACAGUCACCUUGGUUAAAAACGUUCUGUCACGACAUUACACCCACCUGGAGAAGUCUCCAUGGAAAGGUCUGCCAGAACUGACCAAUGAGAAUGGCCAAUACUGCCCAUUCAGCUGUGAGACCCAGGCCUGGUCUCUGGCCACUGUGAUGGAGGUCCUCUAUGACCUUUAGACGACCUCAGCAGUCAACCUAUCCCCUGAUGUCAUACUUCCUGUUGUAGCUGAGAGAGAGCAGAAUUCCCAGACUGAAGUUUGACUGAAGAGGCAGGGUCACUGAAACACAUCUUCCGGCUCAGCCUGUAAAUCACCAGGUUCGGUCCCCUUAUACUCCGUGACCUCUGACAUCACUUCCUGUGAUCAGAGUGGUUUCCAUGCUGCAUUUAAACCUGUGCUAAAACGUAUUUUAGAUUUGACUAAAGACUCUGCAGUGUUACUUGUGGUACUUACACAGCUUUGAGCGGUGAAUUGUUAACGUCAUGCUUUGCUAUUUUCAGGCUGGUGGUUAAGUGAGUAGUCAGUCACUUCAUCAAAGCAUUUCAAAACGUAGCUCCUCAAAACAGACUCCACAGCCUGUGUCCCCAUGUUGUACUAAGAGCUUAGAUUUGUAGUAUUUUCACUUAUAUUUUCCACCUGAAACCUGAAGUGAGCUGUGUAUUGAUGUAGAAACUUCUUAUUUACCACGUUGAGCGUAUGACAUAAAUGCAGCAUAUUUACAGGUUGAGCCAUUAUUUUGAAGCUAGUGGAAACUCCAGAGCAUCUUUAGUGUUAAUACUCAAAAAAGUAAUUUGGUCACACUGCUGGUUUGUAUUAGUAUCAAAGACACUUGGUCAUUUUCUCAUCAUUGUCUCGACCUGAAUAAUCUUGAAACAGUCUGAUCCCUAUAGAGGACUCCUCCUGUAGAGGUGAAAAGGCAUUUCUAACCAACACAGUGUUUGACUCAGUCUGUGCAGAACUGCAUAAGAACUCCUUCACUCUGACUUUCUAUUGUCUGUUUCACUCAAAACAUUAAAAUAAUAAAAUCACAUUUUAUCAUAUGCACAGAGAGAAACUUUGCUGCAUUUUCUUUUGCUGUUAACCCAUGGUCCCAGAACAGAUGCAUUAACAAACCACCAGCUAAACUGUUUGAUAAUUGGCACUGGCACUUGGAACUUGUUCUGACAUGUAAACAUGUCUUUUAUAGAACUGAAAUAACCUGUCACUGUGCAUUUACACCUUGAAUCCUACCUCCUAACUGUCACAGGCCAACAUGUCCUCACGCAUCCUCUGUCUCAACAAGUGACCUAAACACCUGAGGUCACCAUAAGGUGACUGAAGACAAGCUGUAGAGCCAGUGAUGUACAUAGUUCUAUCAUAGUUCUAGGUCCACAGAGUACCUGAGCCCUCCACCUGAUGCCUUUAUACACAGAAAAUGAAUAUCCUGUAGAAAUGGUCUUCCAGCUGUUUCCCAUCUUACCAGUUUAAUAUUUCUGCUGUGUGCUCUGUCAUCAUCGUUCAACUGUGUGUUAAUGUGAAAAAAACUGCUUUGUGCAUGAACAGUGUUUUUCUAAAGCAGUUUCCUCUUGUGUGUAAUGUACUGUGUAUCUCUACUGAUGAGCCUCCGCUGUCUUAUAACUGUAGAUGUAAAACACGGAAUUUUUAAGUAACAUGAAUCAUCACAAACUAUUACAGUUCCUGUGGAAGUAGUUUGAGAAAAGUCACAGUGUCACUAACACUUGGAACUCACUGCUCUGUCUUUAACCCGUGUUUUAAAAUCCUCUUGACUUAAUAACAACAAAUUAUCUGGUCUGUUUGGAUUCUGGUUUCCUAAAUGGACUGGUAACAUUGUAAAUACUCAGUGUGCUAGCUGCCAGAGUCCUGUGCUACGUCUGGAAAAUGUACCAGCAUAUCCUACACAUCCUGCUGUUAGUUUGUUGUAAAGUAAAACUAAUAGUAGUACAACUUCUCAGAGUGAGGAGCCUGUUCUCUGCUCUGGUACUUUUGGUAUUUUACUUUUGAACAGUGCAGUUUACUGCUGGCCAGCAGCACAGAUGGAGAGCCAACACCUGCCUGUGAAAUGGUUGAUUUAAUGUAGCAGAAUAAACAAGUGAAACUUAGAUAGUAACAAAAAGUUCCUCACAUCUCUACAGCCUGCUGAACUGAAACUGUGUUGUUAGUUUGACUAAACAGUAUUAAAGGACUCACUGGAUGAAAGCAGUGUGGACUUACCAUCAUGGUCCACCUGUAACACAGACCCUCACGCUCACCCCCUCUGCAGUGACGUGCAUACAUCUACCUGCUGUUUGAUCCAUCUGUCUGUGGUCUAUAAUGUUGUUUACUCUGUUAGCCUGCUGUUACUGCCAUAGAUGAGGAAUGCUGAAUAAACUGUUACAUGACUUGG